CUUGCGCUUCGAAGAUGGCGGCGCUGAGCGGCGGCGGCGGCGGCGGCGGUAACGGCGGCGGCGGCGGCGCCGAGCAGGGCCAGGCUCUGUUCAAUGGGGACGUGGAGCCCGAGGCCGGCGCCGGCGCCGCGGCCUCGUCAGCUUCCGACCCGGCCAUCCCCGAAGAGGUAUGGAAUAUCAAGCAAAUGAUUAAACUGACCCAGGAACAUAUAGAGGCCCUGUUGGACAAAUUUGGUGGCGAGCACAAUCCACCAUCAAUAUACUUGGAGGCCUAUGAAGAAUACACCAGCAAGCUAGAUGCCCUCCAGCAAAGAGAGCAGCAGCUGUUGGAGUCCCUAGUUUUUCAGACUCCCACAGACGUGUCACGAAACAACCCCAAGUCACCGCAGAGACCCAUCGUUAGAGUCUUCCUGCCCAACAAACAGAGGACGGUGGUACCGGCAAGAUGUGGAGUUACAGUCCGAGACAGCCUAAAGAAAGCGCUGAUGAUGAGAGGUCUUAUCCCAGAGUGCUGCGCUGUUUACAGAAUUCAAGAUGGAGAGAAGAAGCCCAUUGGCUGGGACACCGAUAUUUCCUGGCUUACGGGAGAAGAGCUCCAUGUGGAAGUUCUGGAGAACGUCCCACUCACAACACACAACUUUGUCCGGAAAACUUUUUUCACCUUAGCAUUUUGUGACUUUUGUCGAAAGCUGCUUUUCCAGGGGUUCCGCUGUCAGACGUGUGGUUAUAAGUUUCACCAGCGCUGUAGUACAGAGGUUCCACUGAUGUGUGUUAAUUAUGACCAGCUUGAUUUGCUGUUUGUCUCCAAGUUCUUUGAGCAUCACCCAGUAACACAGGAGGAGGCUUCCUUAGCAGAGACUACCCUUACAUCUGGAUCUCCUUCUGCACCCCCCUCAGACUCUAUUGGGCCCCAAAUCCUCACCACUCCAUCUCCUUCAAAAUCCAUUCCAAUCCCACAGCCCUUCCGACCAGCAGACGAGGAUCAUCGAAAUCAGUUUGGUCAGAGAGACCGGUCCUCCUCAGCUCCCAAUGUCCAUAUAAACACAAUUGAACCUGUCAAUAUUGAUGAAAAAUUCCCAGAAGUGGAAUUGCAGGAUCAAAGGGAUUUGAUUAGAGACCAAGGGUUUCGUGGUGAUGGAGCCCCCUUGAACCAGCUGAUGCGCUGUCUUCGGAAAUGCCAAUCCCGGACUCCCAGCCCCCUCCUACACUCUGUCCCCAGUGAAAUAGUGUUUGAUUUUGAGCCUGGCCCAGUGUUCAGAGGGUCAACUACGGGGCUGUCUGCCACCCCACCUGCCUCAUUACCUGGCUCACUCACUAACGUGAAAGCCUUACAAAAAUCUCCAGGACCUCAGCGGGAAAGGAAAUCAUCAUCCUCAGAAGAUAGAAAUCGAAUGAAAACACUCGGUAGACGAGAUUCGAGUGAUGAUUGGGAGAUUCCCGAUGGCCAGAUUACAGUGGGACAAAGGAUUGGAUCUGGAUCGUUUGGAACUGUCUACAAGGGAAAGUGGCAUGGUGACGUGGCGGUGAAAAUGUUGAAUGUGACAGCACCCACUCCUCAGCAGUUACAGGCCUUCAAAAACGAAGUAGGAGUACUCAGGAAAACACGCCAUGUGAAUAUCCUACUUUUCAUGGGCUAUUCAACAAAGCCACAGCUGGCUAUUGUUACCCAGUGGUGUGAGGGUUCCAGCCUGUAUCACCAUCUCCACAUCAUUGAGACCAAAUUUGAGAUGAUCAAACUUAUAGAUAUUGCACGGCAGACUGCACAGGGCAUGGAUUACUUACACGCCAAGUCAAUCAUCCACAGAGACCUCAAGAGUAAUAAUAUAUUUCUUCAUGAAGACCUCACGGUAAAAAUAGGUGAUUUUGGUCUAGCCACAGUGAAAUCUCGAUGGAGUGGGUCCCAUCAGUUUGAACAGUUGUCUGGAUCUAUUUUGUGGAUGGCACCAGAAGUAAUCAGAAUGCAAGAUAAAAACCCAUAUAGCUUUCAGUCAGAUGUUUAUGCAUUUGGGAUUGUUCUGUACGAACUAAUGACUGGCCAGCUACCUUACUCGAACAUUAACAACAGGGAUCAGAUAAUUUUUAUGGUGGGACGAGGAUAUCUAUCCCCAGAUCUCAGUAAGGUACGGAGUAACUGUCCAAAAGCCAUGAAGAGGUUGAUGGCCGAAUGCCUCAAAAAGAAAAGAGACGAGAGACCACUCUUUCCCCAAAUUCUUGCCUCUAUUGAGCUGCUGGCCCGCUCAUUGCCAAAAAUCCACCGCAGUGCAUCAGAACCCUCCUUGAAUCGGGCUGGUUUCCAAACGGAAGACUUUAGCCUGUAUGCUUGUGCUUCUCCUAAGACGCCCAUCCAAGCAGGGGGAUACGGUGCGUUUGCAGCCCACUGA